AUGAAGUCAAUUUUCUUUAAAAGCAAAUUCUUUUUUCCAUCUUGCUAUUUUUUAUUUCCUUUUUUCUCUUGUUUUCUUUUGCUUCUCCCUUUUUUUUUACACUUGUCACACUUUUCUUUUUCCUGUUUUUCUUUUUCUCUUUUCUUUUAUAUCUUUACUCUACCUUUCUUUUUCUUCUUUUCUCUGCCUUUCUUUUUCUUCUUUUCUCUGCCUUUCUUUUCCUCCUUUUCUCCGCCUUUAUUUUCCUCCUUUUCUCCGUCUUUAUUUUCACCUUUUCCUUGUCUUCCUUUUUCUGACCCUUUCUUUCCUUUGUUUUCCUCCCCUUUCCUUUUCUUUCCCUCCUUUUCCUCCCCCUUUUUUCCCUUCUUUUCCUUCCCCUUUCCACCCCUUUCUUUUCCUCUCCUUUCUUUCCCUUUCUUUUCCUCUCUUCCCCUUUCUUUUCCUCACCUUUCCUCUCCUUUCUCCCCCUUUCUUUCCAUCCUUCUUUCUUUCCAUCCUUCUUUCUUUCCAUCCUUCUUUCUUUCCAUCCUUCUUUCUUUCCCUCCUUCUUUCUUUCCCAUCCUUCUUUCUUUCCCAUCCUUUUCCUCUCCCUUUCUUUCCAUCCUUUUCUCCUCCUCUUCCCAUCAUUUUGUGUAUUUUAUUAUAUCAUUUAACACAACAUAG